UAGCCUCUCGGGUUUUUGUUUCCAUUAGCUCCUCCUGCUUGGAAGCUUCAAUUUUGCGGCGCUCGUGACAUUUUUUUUCUUUUGAAAAUUUUUAAAAUGGAUUUUUCAGGUUCUUCUCAUUGCCAUUCGUGCCAUGCAGAAAGGGUUUGUUGUUCUACAACACAUGGGAUCUCAAACAGUUGGAUGAAACCUCCUUCUGAUGGUCGAAGAGCCCUUGAUCUUCCAGGCGUAAGUUUUAAUUGCAGGAAUCCAUUACUUGGAUCAACCCAAUUCCACUGGCUGUCUAUUGGACAUGACCUUUGCCUUUCCAAAGUUUUGGUUGCUGCAGAUUACUCAGAUUCUGUUCCUGAUUCCUCUAGUUAUAUUACUAACCAAGGUUAUCAUCCUCUUGAAGAAGUGAAAGUCUGCAAAAUGGUCCGGGACACCAAACUCACUUCUGCUGAAAUAGCACGAACAACAGUUGAGGCGAACUGCAGUGCUUUGCUGGUGUUCCCGGGGAAGAUACACUGUGAACCACAUGAACAAAUUUCCUGGGCUGAUUUUGAAUAUGUUAUCGACGACUAUGGAGAUUUAUAUUUUGAAAUUUUUGAUGAUGCAAACUUGUUAGAGGAUCCUGCAGCAAGUAACCCUGUGAAUGCUUUGUUUGGGAUGGAUAUCCCUACAUAUGAUGAUGGAAGAAUAGCUGGUGAGUUCAACAUUCUAGGUGGUGGAAAUAGUGAUGAAAUCCCUUUUGAUGAUGAUUAUCUCGAGGUUGUAGAAUCUGAAGUUUCUGAUGUUCUAGACUGGGGGUUGCCAGAUACUUCUAGCUCGAUUCAUCCUAUUUAUUUCGCGAAGUGCUUGACAAAGGUCAUCAACAUCGAAUACCAUAAAAAAAUGGAUCAUCCAUCAAAUGGUGUCUCUAUUUUAGGAUGCCUCAGACCUGCUUUUGCUGAUGAAGAAUUCUAUGUAAGAAGACUAUUUCAUUAUGAAGAUAGCGAUGGAUACAACUCGGACUGGAAAGAUGGAAAAAGUUUGGGCCUUAGUUCCAAAAGUGAUCGAAGCAAGACUUGCUCUACUCUCUACAGGUUGGAGAUAAUGAGAAUAGAGUUGUUCUCUGUAUAUGGUGUUCAGUCUACAAUUAGUUUGGAAGAUUUUCAAGAUGCAGAACCUGAUGUUCUUGUAAACGCUACCUCGGAAAUUGUAGAUCGCUUCAAUGAAAGAGGUAUUAGGUGUGAUGUUGCUCUUAAAGCUUUAUGCAAAAGGAAAGGACUUCAUGUUGAGGGAGCUCAUUUGAUUGGGGUUGACAGUCUUGGAAUGGAUGUUAGAGUCUUCUCAGGGUUGGAAGUACAUACUCAUCGUUUUCCCUUCAAAGUCCGGGUAAGCAGUUUAAAAAGCAUUUAUUUUCUGUGAAUUUAAAAAGCAUGCCAAGUCAGGCUAUUUUUCUAAACAUGGACUAAUGCAGUAGACUUUAACAGUUGUGAUUUCAUACAUCCACUUGAUCAUAGCUGUGUGGGAUGAGAGAAUGCU